UUUAUACUUUCCAGAUGUGCACAAUGUUUCGAACCAUUCCCCGAUGGUAUAUAUUUCGAAUUCGAAGGCAGAAAGUACUGUGAACACGACUUUCAUGUACUGUACGCUCCUUGCUGCGGAAAAUGCAAUGAGUUCAUUAUUGGUCGCGUGAUCAAGGCUAUGAAUGCCAGUUGGCAUCCAGAUUGUUUCCGUUGUGAACUCUGCUCGAAAGCACUAGCCGAUAUCGGUUUUCUAAGAAAUGCUGGAAGGGCGUUGUGUCGAGAAUGUAACGAACGCGAGAAGGCGGCCGGUUCCGGACGAUAUGUCUGCCAUCGUUGUCACGCGAUGAUCGAGGAAGGGCAGCACAUUAAAUUCCGAGGCGACUCGUUCCAUCCGUAUCAUUUCAAGUGCAAGCGUUGCAAUAACGAGUUGACAGUACAAUCACGAGAAGUGGGCGGAGAAUUGUAUUGCCUACGAUGUCACGACACUAUGGGUAUUCCGAUUUGUGGAGCUUGUCAUCGACCUGUUGAAGAACGAGUGGUGACGGCAUUAGGGAAAAAUUGGCAUGUUGAGGUUCGU